AUGAGGCUCCAUCCCCUCCUUUCUGUUCUCCUUUUUGUGACUAUCAUACCAAAAGCAGGGGCUGGCGUGAUCCCGGGGCUGAAACAGUGUGUUCUCCUGAAAGGGGUGUGCAAAGACGGGGGCUGCACCUCCACGGAUGACACCAUCGGGGUCUGCAACCAAGACAAAAAGUGCUGUCGAAAGUGGUGGAUACUUUCUCCCUACCCAACGCCAGUCCCCAAAAUCAAGUCUCCCUAAACGGGAGCAAACUGUAACCUGUUGAAGUCCAGAAACGUGGAUGUGUUUUGCAGACCUCUGUUUUCCUCAAGUCCUUUGUCUCCUCUGCUGGAAAUAAAUGUCUUAA